AUGUGCCAUCGACAAGGUGGGGAGAGUGAGGGCUUCUCAAAACGUGCAAUUGAAUCACUGGUAAAGAAACUGAAGGAAAAAAGAGAUGAAUUGGAUUCACUGAUAACUGCAAUAACUACCAAUGGAGCACAUCCAAGUAAAUGUGUUACAAUACAGAGGACACUAGAUGGGCGUUUACAGGUUGCCGGCCGAAAAGGGUUUCCGCACGUGAUAUACGCGCGCAUAUGGCGCUGGCCCGACCUCCACAAGAACGAGCUGAAACACGUUAAGUUUUGCCAAUUUGCUUUCGAUCUCAAAUGCGACUCGGUGUGCGUGAACCCUUACCACUAUGAGAGGGUGGUGUCGCCCGGAAUCGAUCUCUCUGGCCUCACAUUGCAAUCAGGACCCAGUAGGUUAGUGAAAGAUGAAUACACGGCAGGUCUCAGCGGUAACGGCAUGGAUAUGGACACGGGCGAGCUGGUCACCAUCCAGCACCACGCGACGAGCCCUCGCCACCACCACUCGACCAUACCGCACCACCACCAGCAAUUCCAGACAACGAACAUUAUCAUUAACCAGGGCCAAACGCCCGAUGGCGUUGCGAACAUGUUCUCGCCGCACGGUCCGCGCGGCCCGGCGCGGCCACAGCUCGCGCAGCAAUUGGUCCACUCGCCGGGCGCCCAGCCAAUGAUGACGAACCACCAAGGUCAGAUGCAGGGCGCGCCGCAGAUGGGCCCCGGCACGCCCCAGAUGGGCCCCGGCACGCCCCAGAUGGGCCCCGGCACGCCCCAGAUGGGCCCCGGCACGCCCCAGAUGGGCCCCGGCACGCCGCAGAUGGGCACGAACGUUCCGCAAAUGGCCUCGCCCCGGAUGGCGUCGGCCCCCACUCAGAUGUCGCCCGGCACGCCUCAGAUGCCGAGCAUAAGCCAAGCGAUGUCGAUACCGAGCCCCCAGCAAAUGGUCAUGGGCCAACAGAGGGCCAUCGCGCCCAAACUGGAGCCCCCCGACACGAUGGACGCGCGCACGAUGUGGCUGCCUAAGAGAAUGAACCAUUCUAUGCCGGUCAGCAUGUCCCCGGGUGGGACCACCCCGCUGAUAGACGGCACCGGUGGCGCUUUCUUUGCGAACGAGCAGACCGUUGCCGACACGCAAAUGACGCAAACGAUGUCGGGGGUCACCGCUGGCCCGGCGCCGGCGCCCCCCGGGGGCCCUUCGGCGCAGGGCGCAGCCCCGGAGCCCCAGCAGAACGGGUUCGCGGCCUCCGCCAGCCCGGGGCCGCAGCCGAGCCCGCUGCCCCACCGCACUCAGAACCAGCACCAGCAAGGCACGUGGACGGGCAACAACACGCUGACGUACACGCAGAGCCUGGCGCCCCCGCCGGCCGCGCCGCCCGUGCCAGUCGACGCGCCGCCCCACCACCACCACUACUACAACGGCAACCCGGGCGGGCUGCUGUCGAGCCAGCCGGCGCCCGAGUACUGGUGCUCGGUGGCCUACUUCGAGCUGGACACCCAGGUCGGGGAGACCUUCAAGGUGCCGUCCAGCCGGCCCAAUGUCACUGUCGAUGGGUAUGUCGAUCCGUCUGGCGGCAACAGAUUCUGCUUGGGCGCCCUUAGCAACGUACAUCGGACCGAGCAAAGCGAGCGGGCCAGGCUGCACAUCGGCAAGGGCGUGCAGCUGGACCUGCGCGGCGAGGGCGACGUGUGGCUGCGCUGCCUCUCGGACCACUCGGUGUUCGUGCAGUCCUACUACCUGGACCGCGAGGCGGGCCGGGCGCCGGGCGACGCCGUGCACAAGAUCUACCCCUCCGCCUGCAUCAAGGGCCGGAUUGAGCACGUAGCGAGUGCACAAGAUCUACCGCUCCACCUGCAUCAAGGUCAGGGCCGGAUUGAGCACGUAGCCAGUGCACAAGAUCUACCCCUCCGCCUGCAUCAAGGUCAAGGCCGGCUUGAGCACGUAGCCGCACAAGAUCUACCCCUCCGCCUGCAUCAAGGUCAGGGCCGGAUUGAGCACGUAGCGAGUGCACAAGAUCUACCCCUCCGCCUGCAUCAAGGUCAGGGCCGGAUUGAGCACGUAGCGAGUGCACAAGAUCUACCCCUCCGCCUGCAUCAAGGUCAGGGCCGGAUUGAGCACGUAGCCAGUGCACAAGAUCUACCCCUCCGCCUGCAUCAAGGUCAGGGCCGGAUUGAGCACGUAGCGAGUGCACAAGAUCUACCCCUCCGCCUGCAUCAAGGUCAGGGCCGGAUUGAGCACGUAGCCAGUGCACAAGAUCUACCCCUCCGCCUGCAUCAAGGUCAGGGCCGGAUUGAGCACGUAGCGAGUGCACAAGAUCUACCCCUCCGCCUGCAUCAAGGUCAGGGCCGGAUUGAGCACAGCUCCCACCAACUCCACUCGGGCGCAUCAAAGACCUAUAAGAAGAAUAAGAACGUGACUUACCCUUGUGUUCUCGCGCAGGUUUUCGAUCUGCGGCAGUGUCACCGGCAGAUGCAAACGCAGGCUGCUACGGCGCAGGCCGCCGCGGCAGCCCAGGCUGCAGCCGUUGCCGGCCACAUACAGCCAGCCCAUCCCGGCAUGAACAAGUGUACGCCACCUUCCUCUCCA